AUGGCUGCGGAGGAGUUGUCAGAGGGCGGCAUGGCCGAUAUCAUCCGUGCCCUGCAACUCAUUCACAACCCUACAUCGUCGAACGAGAUACGGAAGGAGGCUUCGCAGUUUGUGGAAAGCCUGAAAGAUUCGGAUGCCGCGGGGCGAAAUGGCUUCCUUCUGGCUUCUCGUAUGGAACAUGAGCCGGUUGUCCGAUACUUCGGUCUUACCCUCUUGGACCACGUUCUUCGCCAGUACAAUUUUACGAACCCCGAAGAAGCCAAGACCUUGCGCAUGAUGAUUUUACAACUUGCUGAGAACGUCCGCCCCGAAGACCCUGCGUAUUUCCGGAAUAAGAUCUCCCAGCUGUGGAGCGAGGCCGCCAAGAAGACCUGGGGAUUGGACUGGAUGGAUAUGGAUGCAAACUUGGUUCAGUUCUGGGGUGCCUCUCUCGUUCACAAAGACCUGGUACUCGCUGUUCUGGAGACCCUUUCCGAGGAUGUCUUUUUCCGGGAAGAUACUGCAUCGUCAUUGCGGGGAGGUGAACUCAAUCGGUCGCUCAUCGAGAUCUUUACCCCUUCAGGCAUUGUGGAGCAAAUUACCGGCGAUAAAAACGCUGCUACAAUUCCACGCUGUGGACAGGAGGGCUGGCUGAUUCGAAUUUGCGAAUUUCUCGACAAUUGCGUCCAGAAUGUCUCUAGCUCAGAACAGGCUCGGGAUGCGGCCAUAAAAGCUUUGGCAACUUUGAGAUCUGCCUUGUCAUGGUCCGUCUACAAAGGUGUGAUUGCUUCCCAGGUUGUUCCCAGCAUCUUCCGAGCUUUGCCUUGUCAAGAUGACCAGGUGCUUCUCGCAGCAAUCGAAGCACUCCAUGCGCUCUACGGAAGAAACACGAUAGGUAGCGAAGAGUCGCAUGAGUUAGUUUGCCUGAUUUUUGAGUCAGAAUACCUUGUUGUUCUCCAAAGACUAUACGAAUGGUCAAUCGUGGGCCCGGACGACGUUGAUGAUCCCAAAUAUCUUAUCUCCAAGAAGCUUUCCGAGAUGGUUUCAUAUAUUGCUGGCUGCUUGGAAGACGACAAAUUCUUGGUCUCCACGAUGGACCGUUUGAAUCUGCCACCUUUCCUGCAAUUCAUGGUCAACAUCAUGCAACACCAGAGCUUGACGGUCUCCAUACCUUGCCUGCAUCUUUGGUCCAGGUUGUUACAAAACUCAAAAAUAAGUAACUUGGACUUUGUGCUCGAGCAAACUCCUCACUUCUUGAACAUUUGCACCCAGAGGCUUCUUCGUUGGGAGUCUCUCCCGACUGAAUCAGAUGAUCCAACCGUGCAGUUUUUGGUCGAGGACAUUGAUACAAUCCCAGAACGGCAUGCCUUUGUUGGCAAUUACCGCCGUUACUGUUCCUCGAUCAUUGAAAGUAUCACUUUAAAGCGACCCCAAGAAGCAGUGCGCGAAAUUCUCGCCCGGGUGGAUACCAACCUCGACAACUUGUAUAGUGGUGUCCAGCCAUUUAGCAUGCAAACUUUCACCAAAUCCUCAAUUCCUCUCAUGAGAGCAGAUGCUCAAUUCGCAGUGGUAGAGGCUGUCAUCAAGGGCUACAACAAGUGGGUUUCGGCUCAUGGAAAAGCACCUCAGCGUGAUGAAUCCAAGCGAAUGGAAUUAGAACAUGCGGUGGAAAAUUGGGCUUCAAGCCUAAUGCAAAGGUCUUUUGAGGAUCCGGUCUUGAAACAAAGAGUCAUUAAAUUAGCCGUCGACAUCUCUUCAAGAGCUCUGGACAAUCAUCCAGGAUUUGCGCUCAAAGUUCUGGAGCACAUUCUCAUGUCCCGUCUACCAGACCAGCCCGAAUACCCCUUGUAUUCUGAGGCUGUCAAAGAACUUCAUGGAUUGACAAGCUCUGAACUUCGCCGGUUGGCUAUGCGCUAUGCCGACUACUUCUAUACUUUCUACGAUCUUCUCGAGCCAAAGAUCAAAGAAAUCACUCUGGCUAACCGCGUCGACGACAAGUUGCAAAUGGAACUGACUUCUAUCUUGCUCAUCAUUAUGCAACGCGCAAUUAAUGCUGAUCCUUAUCUGCGCCAAAAUCGUCUCGCAUCCUUCCUCCAGCCCAUCCGAGAGUCAUGGCAAGACGACGAAUUCCGCCACAACAGCUCCACUUUCCCAGGGUUCUGCAAUAUGCUUGGACUGGAAAAUGUUGGUCCGUACAUGCAAUCCAAAGAAGCACAAAAAUUGGCAGACUGGUCAGAAGUGGCCUUGGACAGCGAAGGAAAGCUAGUCCAGGAGGAGAUGACCAGAAAGUUCCAGCUGUUGCCAUUGCGUGGUACCAAGACUAUGUUGGCUGUUUCCACGGAUCGAGUCAAAAAGUCUUCGCCAGCUUAUGUGACUGCCUGCGAGAUGUGGCACGAUCUGAUCCCUGUGAUUCUUCCCACUUUGCUACAGCUUGUCAGACACGCCCAUGCCUUCCACAAUCCCGCCAAUUGGAAUAUGGUCGAAGGCAUGCAACCAGUGGUCGAACGUAUCCUCACAGAUCGAUUUUGGCAGGCUGGUAUUUCCAUUGGUAGUCGCGACGAGUUUUACGCCAGAAUCACAUCAUCCAAGUCUACACUUGAAGGGUUUGCAUCAUCGGUUCGAGGAAAAGUUAGAGCUGUCCGCGAAGCAUGCUACUCCAUGCUGUUUAGCAUGAGCAGGAUGCGAGAGCACUUCUAUGGAUUUGCCGAACUUCCAGGACCCCUAUCUGAAGCAUUGUUUGUUGACUCACCGCAUCUCUCCUCCCACCAGUUCUCAGUUCUUCUCAACAUCUCGCGUUGUCUGAUUGACGACUGCCCCGUGCAAUUCCGCAGCCAAUUCUUGCCUCCCAUGCUAUCGACUCUAUUCACCAACAUCGAUCGAAAAGUCACCACAGAGUGGGAAAUCAUUGAACAACGCAGGAACGGAAUCUCGGAUGGCGAUCUCACCACGGAAAUGAAGUCUGAAAGUGUCCUUCGCCAAUUGACUUACUCUGCUGUGAUCAUGGUAGCCAGCCUGUUCGAUCCACAGAGAGGCGGUAAACAAUCCCUGACCCGACGACUAUGCAAAGCCCUGGACCACCCCAUACUGACGGACCGUGACCUUUCAGACCCAGAUGGGACUGAAUCGGACCCUAGUGCACCCCAGCCGACCCCGAACCUCUCUGAUUCUAUUCGCCAUUUCGUUCUCUCCUCCCCCGCGAUCUUUGAGCCAGUCAUGCUCUUCUGCACGCACGUUCUUCGCAUGCGCGAUACGCGUAGCGGUAGCAUUAUUACCCGUGUCAUUCGGUCAAUUCUUCAAGACUUCGCGCCCACGAACGAUAUUCAGGACACUCAAACUAUCGCGACCAUCCGCGAAUUCAUAUGCACCGAUGUUCUCACAGCAUGCAUCUCAUCCGUACAUGAAUCAUACUUUGUCGAUAUGCAAAAGGACCUCGCUCAGCUAAUUGCAUCAAUCUGGUGUCUCUAUGGCUUCUGUAGCGAGACGCCUCGAGCUGUUUUCCUGAGCUUGCCUGGAAUUAGCGCGGAGAAAGUAGCCCAGACCGAGUCUGCACUUCAUCAAACUACCUCACCAAGACAGCAGCGCGCAUUAGUCUUGGAGCUUCUUGAGCCUUUGCGCGGUAUCAGUGUUGCCGAGCAAGGGAAAAUGUUGGGUUCUCGUGAGGAACGUCGUAAGGCCCGUUCAGCAUUGCAGGAGAGGUACAUGACCAAUGAGAUGGAGACUCAACAGCAGAACCACCGUGUCGAUAUUAAUGAUGGCCCCGAUCUUGGUGGUGUCGCUGAUCUAUUUGGAUAA